GACAGACUGGGUCCUCCAAAAUUGCUCCAAGCACCACCCUUACCCCUGAGAUUUCUUUUCCAGGUUGCGUCCCUUCCGGCGGCCCGCACAGAGUGUGAGCCCUGCAGGACUGUCACAAAGAUACACCUGCCUCCCUGGAGAAUGCCAUCAAGGACGGAAACAGGGCAGCCCUGUCCAUGGCCACCAAUGCCUCCAUUCCAAGCACCAGCAGGCGCAAGCGGAGGCUCCCCAAAGCAGCCUGCUGAUCCCAGGUCCACACAGCUACUGCUGGAUUAGAACUUGUACCCCUGAGGCGGCUCUGAUCUCCUCCUGCUGCCGCCCCUCCACGCCGCCUCUGGCUGUGCUGGCCAAGAGCCUCAAGGAGGCCACAGAGCUUGGCUUGGGCUCCGGACUCCGUCCUUCCUUCUCUGCUGUGGGUCUUGGGCACGUGGGCCAAGCCCCCACGGUGGCAGCGCUGCUGACCGCUGACCGUGGGCACAGCGCCCCAGGCCCUGAGCAGGCACGAUGGACUGGAAAAAACUCCAGGACCUCCUGAGCGGUGUGAACCAGUACUCCACGGCCUUCGGACGCAUCUGGCUGUCAGUAGUGUUCGUCUUCCGGGUGCUGGUGUACGUGGUGGCGGCUGAGCGCGUGUGGGGUGACGAGCAAAAGGACUUUGACUGUAACACCAGGCAGCCCGGUUGUACCAACGUGUGCUAUGACAACUUCUUCCCCAUCUCCAACAUCCGCCUCUGGGCCCUGCAGCUCAUCUUCGUCACGUGUCCCUCCAUGCUGGUCAUCCUGCACGUAGCCUACCGCGAGGAGCGGGAGCGGAAGCACCGCCAGAAGAACGGGGAGCACUGUCCCAAACUGUACAGCCACCCCGGCAAGAAACACGGCGGCUUGUGGUGGACUUACCUGUUCAGCCUCAUCUUCAAGCUCAUCAUUGAGCUGGUCUUCCUGUAUGUCCUACACAGGCUCUGGUAUGGCUUCACCAUGCCGCGCCUGGUACAGUGUGCCGGCGUGGUGCCCUGCCCCAACAUCGUCGACUGCUACAUCGCUCGGCCCACGGAGAAGAAGGUCUUUACCUACUUCAUGGUGGGCGCCUCGGCCGUCUGUAUCAUUCUCACCAUCUGUGAGAUCUGCUACCUCGUCUUCCACAGGGUUAUGCGGGGCCUGAGCAAGGGCAACCCUGCGAAGAGCGUGAGCUCCCCUAAGUCCUCCAGCCGGGCCUCCACCUGCCGCUGUCACCACAAGCUGCUGGAGAGUGGGGAGACGGAGCCAGGCCCAGCCAACACGCUGCAGGCUUCAGCACCUAACCUGACCCCCAUCUGAACCACGUGCUGGAGGAGAGGUGAAGCAGGGAGGUGGUGCUGGAGGGGGAGGGGUCCUGGGGGUGCUGAGUGGCCCCCCACUUUGAAUUCACUAAGCUAGCCAGUUCUGUUGGAGGCAGGCGUUUUUGUAGGUGCUGGGCUCUGUCCUGGUUACCUUGUAUAGGUAGCCCGGCCAAACCCAGCUUCGGAGAGACAUGUAAAUUAGCAAAGGGACUACAUGCAUGCAAGGGUCUACUUGGCGCUGGGCUGGUAAGCAGGGCUUCUACCUUUCCCAAGGGACUACGGGGCACCCUCUCAGAAAACACACGGUGGAAGAGAGAAAUGAGAGGGGGCUCUCCAGCAGGGACAGCAACAGCAAAAAGAACUGGGCAUCUCAGAGGAGGGGUGCCGGCCCUGGACUGGGGACAGCCAGCCCAAGAGAGUCUUUACCACUCAGCCAUGAGAGGCUGCCCAGGUUCCUAGGUGGAAUGUUCUGGAGGCCAAAGAGCGAAUGUGGAAAGGGGCAGGAGGUCUUGUCAUACCAGCUGCUUGAGACACCCGUGCCUCCUCUGGAUCUCCCUUUACCAACCUCCACCUUCAGGCAGCAAAGACUCUUCUCCCUCCCACCAGGGUGCUCAGCCCGCUGCACCCAGUGGCCAGGACCUUGGGGGCGUGCAUGGAAUGGGAGCAUAUCCAAGCCAGUUUCCUUCAA